AGGGGCUUGACAGGUGCUUCUCCCACGAGGCGGGGUAUUCUUGGCUGGACAGCGACGCGGCGGGAGUUCGGUUGCUCUUCCCCGGCGCAGGCGGAUUUAGUUACUAGUUCCUGGAUUAUCCUGGUUGCCCUUCUCUGAACCAGUUCCAGUUGCCCAAAUCCUUCUUAAAUGGUGGUGUCCAGAACUGUAUGUAGUACUUGAGGGACAAAAAUGAGAGACAGACUCUUUGAGUUUUAUGAACUAUCUAGGCUGUAUAACCAACAUACUGGAGAUGCUGAGGAUGACUUUCAAAGACCUCGUGAAACGCUUCUUUUUGAAACUGACUAUGCCAUAGCAAAUCUUUACAAAAACAUUCAAGAGAUUCGAACGAGCAAUCACCGCCUGAAAGAGGAUGUUAGACGCUUGGGCAAACAAAACGCUCGCUUCCUGACAUCAAUGCGUCGUUUCAGUAGCAUAAAGCGAGAUACAAACACCAUAGCAAAAGAUAUUAAGGCCCGUGGGGAAGAGAUCCACAGAAAACUUCAGGUUUUGAGAGAUUUACAUGAAGACGCAGAAACAAAAUAUGGUGAAAAUGCAGUUGUAACCCGUGUGUGCAAGGACCACUAUGUUGAUCUCAUGCAUGCUUUUCAGGAAACCAUGUUUGAUUACAAUGAGACUGAGAUGAAAGAACGGGAAAAUUGCAAGAUUAGGAUUCAGCGGCAGCUGGAAAUCAUGGGCAAAGAUGUGACUGGAAACCAGAUAGAGGACAUAAUUGAGCAAGGCAGAUGGGAUGUUUUCUCUGAGAACCUACUGUCAGACACAAAAGGAGCUCGCUCUGCCCUAAAUGAGAUAGAGACCCGGCACAAAGAGUUGAUGAAGCUUGAAUCUCGAAUCAGAGAGGUCCAUGAACUCUUCCUACAGGUGGCAUUGUUGGUGGAAGAGCAGGCUGACACAUUUGACGUUAUUGAGUUCAACAUGCAAAACGUCCAAGAAUAUGUUGGGGAAGCUAAAGAUCAAGUGAGAAAAGCCCUUGAAUACCGGAGGAAACAUCCUUGCCGAACAAUCUUUUGCUGCUGCUUAUCAUGCCUUAAAGGCUAACUGCCCUCCUGAAACCACUCGAUCAGUGUUAUGGGAAUGCUUACCAGUUGUGCUCAUCUCUUUAUUGUUACCGUAUUUGUCAUUAAUUAGCUAUGUGCAUGUUUCUCAGCAAGUAAUGAAAGCCAAAGGAUACUAGCAGUAUGAUACGUACCAAAGUUGGGAACCUGUGACUCCCCAGAUGUUGUUGGACUGCAUCAUCUCUGAUCAUUGGCCAUGCUGGUGGAUUGGAAUUGGAGUCUGGAAACAUGUAAAGGGCCACAGGUUCCUGGCCAUUCAUGUAUUUCAACUCAUGUAAUAAAAAACAAGAUUAAUGUCCCCCACAUUGCUUCCAAAAUGAAAGGCAUACCAGAACCUUUGAAAAGCCUUGGAAAAUUUUGAUGAGGUGGGUAAUAAAUUAUUCUCAAAUCCAUACAUCCUCUGGAUUUUUAAGGGAACAGUUACUAUUGCCAUUUUUUCCCUUGGAGAAAAGAAACAUGGAAGAAAUCACAAACCCUAAUUAUAAAUUAUAAAUAAACUGUAUUACAUGGAUAAAGCAGUUUAGACAUCUGGCAGACAUAGCUGAUUCUAGGGUUUUGAUAUAAGAUUUCCCAUAAGUGUAAACAGAAUACAUUUCCAAAAUGCAUUGUUAUAAAAUAAAAUGAGAAAAAUACUUAUUGUAGUUACUAAAUGAAGAAAAUCCAUGCUUUCUGCCCCAUAGUUUAUAUUGUCAGGGAGAAACUUGUCGAUAAUGGAACCAAAGUAAUAGUCCCAACAGCCACAACAUAUGAGAACGAGAAGGCCUCAUUCGCUCAAUAUGCAAAAAUUAGACUGGAGGGCUAUAUCUCCAGAGCUAAUAGCAGUCUGGAAGUCAUGCAGGAAGGACAAGUAGGGGGGUCAGAAAUCAGAGAUUGUGAGCUUGUUUAGCUGCAUCUUGUGACUGCCUGCAACCUGCAAGUAUCCCUUCUGUGGCCCCAACAGAUCCCUAAAGCAGAUGGGAUUUGGGCCAUUCUGUUGCAUUUGUCUGAAUUUCAGCAGUCUGUGUCUGAAGGAGCAAAAUGCAUGAUUUCAGCUCUACAUGGGCUAGGGACUAGGGGAGAUUGGAAAAACUACAUUAAGCUAUUAAGCAGAAACCUCCAAAGCAAUAGAUCUUCCAUGCUUAAGAUUUGUUUUAGUCAUGCUGUUAUCUGUCUGUUUUUUGAGGAUGGUCAGAUCAGAAAAAGCUGAAACCAAGAACUUCCAUCAUUUAACUGUAGAAAGCCCAGCUUCAAAAAAGAAUAAGAUUCAGUUCAUAAUUCUGAGACUUCUGUGUGUGAAAUUCAUGCUUUUGGUGUAUCCUGUUUCUUUAGACAAAUGUAAAUAUGUAAUGUAAAUGUAAAUCUGGUUGCAAUAUUUUAUAAGUUUAUGCUAAUUAGAUCACUAAUUAAAAUAUUUUUCCAGAGA